AUGAACGGUGGACAGAUGUUGAUUGCUGCCAAGAUUGGAGGCGACGCUGCUACAACCGUGAACAACAGCACUCCCGAUUUUGGUUUUGGGGGCCAGAAGCGACAGUUGGAGGAUGGAGACCAACCCGAGAGCAAGAAGUUGGCUGCCCAGGGAGACUCUAUCAGCUCUCAGCUAGGACCCAUCCACCCUCCCCCGAGGACUUCGAUGACAGAAGAGUACAGGGUCCCAGAUGGCAUGGUGGGACUGAUCAUUGGUCGAGGAGGAGAACAGAUAAACAAAAUCCAGCAGGAUUCGGGCUGCAAAGUACAGAUCUCACCAGACAGCGGUGGUCUCCCUGAGCGCAGCGUGUCCCUCACAGGAGCCCCUGAGUCUGUCCAGAAAGCCAAGAUGAUGCUGGAUGACAUCGUCUCACGGGGUCGCGGCGGCCCGCCAGGGCAGUUCCACGACAGUUCCAAUGGAGGUCAGAAUGGCACUGUGCAGGAGAUCAUGAUCCCUGCAGGCAAGGCUGGCCUGGUCAUUGGCAAGGGUGGGGAGACCAUCAAACAGCUGCAGGAACGAGCGGGAGUGAAGAUGAUCUUGAUCCAAGAUGGCUCCCAGAACACCAAUGUGGACAAACCUCUGCGCAUCAUCGGGGACCCCUACAAAGUGCAGCAAGCCUGCGAGAUGGUGAUGGACAUUCUGCGGGAGCGAGACCAGGGGGGCUUCGGGGACCGGAACGAAUACGGAUCUCGGAUCAGCGGGGGCAUUGAUGUACCAGUGCCCAGGCAUUCGGUUGGAGUGGUCAUCGGCCGAAGUGGAGAGAUGAUCAAGAAAAUCCAGAAUGACGCUGGCGUGCGGAUACAGUUCAAACAAGAUGAUGGAACGGGUCCUGAGAAGAUUGCUCACAUCAUGGGGCCUCCUGACAGAUGUGAGCAUGCAGCCCGCAUCAUCAAUGACCUCCUCCAGAGCCUCCGGAGUGGUCCUCCAGGGCCUCCUGGUGGUCCAGGUAUGCCCCCAGGGGGCCGAGGCCGAGGAAGAGGUCAAGGCAACUGGGGGCCCCCAGGUGGGGAGAUGACCUUCUCCAUCCCCACUCACAAGUGUGGGCUAGUCAUUGGCCGAGGCGGGGAGAACGUGAAAGCCAUAAACCAGCAGACAGGCGCCUUUGUGGAGAUCUCGCGGCAAUUGCCGCCCAACGGGGACCCCAACUUCAAGUUGUUCAUCAUCCGGGGCUCACCCCAGCAGAUUGACCACGCCAAGCAGCUCAUUGAGGAAAAGAUCGAGGGUCCUCUCUGUCCAGUUGGACCCGGCCCGGGUGGACCUGGCCCUGCUGGCCCAAUGGGGCCCUUCAACCCCGGACCUUUCAAUCAGGGCCCCCCAGGCGCACCCCCUCAUGCCGGGGGCCCCCCUCCUCACCAGUACCCACCCCAGGGCUGGGGCAACACCUACCCCCAGUGGCAACCACCUGCCCCUCAUGACCCCAAUAAAGCAGCGGCCGCCGCAGCGGACCCCAAUGCUGCCUGGGCUGCCUACUAUUCACACUACUACCAGCAGCCCCCGGGCCCAGUGCCAGGUCCUGCACCGGCCCCCGCAGCUCCCCCAACUCAGGGCGAGCCUCCACAGCCCCCACCCACCGGCCAGUCGGACUACACCAAGGCUUGGGAAGAGUAUUACAAAAAGAUGGGUCAGCAGCCGCAGCAGCCAGGAGCACCUCCACAGCAAGACUACACGAAGGCCUGGGAAGAGUACUACAAAAAGCAAGCUCAAGUGGCCACUGGAGGAGGUCCAGGUGCACCCCCCGGCUCCCAGCCUGAUUAUAGUGCUGCCUGGGCUGAAUAUUACAGACAGCAGGCCGCUUACUAUGGCCAGACCCCUGGCCCCGGUGGCCCCCAGCCUCCUCCCACACAGCAGGGACAGCAGCAGGCAAGUGGGAACUGCCACCCUCCUCCUCCUCCUUUCUCCUUCCAGCCCCCGGCCACCGUCCAUCCUGCCUUAGUGGGUAGCGCCGGCAACCCCUUCCCCUGUGGGGUGUGCCCCUGA